UUUGUAUGGGCGGAGAGGAUACCGGCAUCAGCUGCAGGCUGUGUGUGUGGAGUGUGUUUUGGAUAUAACAUGAAAACAAGUUUUUGAAAAAGAAAGGUAUAUUAAGAAUACCUUCAGCUUUAUCUCAGCAUUUUGUAAUCGAAAGGAUUCCAUCCUGCACAUGAGAUCUGCAUUUUAACCCACUAAGCUAGAGAUUCCCUGGAGAAAUGAGGCACCAGAGAUCAUCUUCGCCGGUAUUCCGGGAUGGUGUGACGCUUUUCAUGAAGUCGCUGCUGUUCCUAUUGGUCCUGACGUGGCUUGCGGUGACAAUACAUUCGGAGGAGGAUUACUAUAAGCUCCUGGGAGUUUCGAGAGAAGCAAGCACCCGGGAAAUUCGACAGGCCUUCAAGAAACUCGCUCUAACCUUGCAUCCGGAUAAGAAUCCGAACGAUGACACGGCCCACGAAAAGUUCCUAAAGAUCAACCGAGCGUACGAGGUGUUGAAAGACGAAGACCUUAGGAAGAAGUAUGAUAAGUACGGAGAGAAGGGUUUGCAGGACGAGCAGCAGGGAGGCAGAUACGAAAGCUGGAACUACUACAGAUACGAUUUUGGUAUUUAUGAUGAUGAUCCAGAGGUUACUACUCUGGACAGAGGAGAUUUUGACGCAGCAGUGAACUCGGGCGAGGUUUGGUUUGUGAAUUUCUACUAUCCCCGAUGCUCCCAUUGUCACGAGUUGGCUCCCACGUGGAGGGAAUUUGCAAAAGAGAUGGACGGCGUGAUCCGGGUCAGUGCAGUGAACUGCGGAGACAACACCAGGCUGUGUCGCAGCAAAGGCAUCAGCAGCUACCCAAGCUUGUUCGUCUUCAGAGCCGGCAUGAAUCCAGAGAAAUACUACGGUGACCGCACCAAGGCUAGGCUCACCCAGUUCGCAAUGCAGUUUGUGACAACAAAAGUGACAGAGCUGUGGCAAGGGAAUGUUUUCACUGAGAUUGAACAAGCAUUCGCUGCUAAAAUCGGGUGGCUCAUAACAUUCUGCGCAGACACCGGAGACUGUCUGGAGUCUCAGACGAGACAGAAGCUGGCCGGAAUGUUGAAUGGCUUGGUAAAAGUAGGCUGGAUGGAUUGCGCCUUAUACACCGGUCUGUGUGAAAGCUUUGACAUCACGACCAGCGCAACAGCUCUGUUUCCCCCCGGCAGCUCUCUCACACAGACUGGCAGCGUGCUGUUUCUGAAGACACUGGAUGCCAGAGAGAUCUAUGCACAAGUGUUGCAGCACAUGCCUGACCUGGAGAUUCUCACCAAGCAGAGCUUUGAGGACAAGUUGGCUCGGCACCGUUGGCUCAUCAGUUUCACCUUUGGAGAGCAGAACACGGCUACCCACGAGUACAAAAAGCUCAGCACUCUUCUCAAAGACCACCACAUACAGGUAGGGAAGGUGGACUGCAGGACCGAGGUAGAGCUUUGCGCUUCCCUCUACAUCCAGAAGUCCUGCGUGGCUGUUUUUAAAGGCCUCGGCAUUCACAACUUCGAGAUACACCACGGUAAAGAUGCACUAUAUAAUAUUGUCGCAUUUGCCAAAGAGAGCGUCAGCGCCCAUGUUACCACGCUCCGGCCAGAGAAUUUCCCUCGGGACGAGAAAGAACCUUGGCUAGUAGACUUCUUUGCCCCGUGGUGCCCCCCUUGCCGUGCCCUGCUUCCUGAACUUAGAAAAGCCUCUGUUCAGCUUCAUGGUCAGCUAAAGUUUGGUACUCUGGAUUGCACCAUACAUGAAGGACUCUGCAACAUGUACAACAUCAACGCCUAUCCGACCACCGUCAUCUUCAACAAGUCCAACAUCCAUGAGUACGAAGGUCACCAUUCGGCAGAUGGGAUUUUGGAGUUUAUUCAGGACCUGGUCAACCCUGCAGUCGUGACGCUGGAUCCAGAAUCUUUUCAGCAGUUGGUGAAGAAGAGAAAACUUACAGACACCUGGAUGGUGGACUUCUAUGCGCCGUGGUGUGGCCCAUGUCAGGCUUUGCUCCCUGAAUGGAGGAGGAUGGCUCGGAUGCUGAACGGGAUGAUUGGUGUGGGUUCAGUGGACUGCCAGAAGUACCACUCAUUCUGCCAGGGCGAGGGUGUACGGGCCUACCCAGAGAUCCGUCUCUACCCACAAAACAGCAACCGCCGAGACCAUUACAAUAGCUACAAUGGUUGGCACAGGGACGCCCACUCCCUUAAGACCUGGGCACUCAGCUCUCUACCACGUACCUCGGUCGACUUAUCACCCCAGGAUUUUAAAAGAAAUAUUCUGGAAGGGAAGGAACACUGGGUGCUGGAUUUCUAUGCCCCGUGGUGUGGCCCAUGCCAGCAUUUCGCCCCAGAGUUUGAGGUCCUUGCUCGGAUGCUGAAGGGCACAGUGAGGGCAGGAAAGGUGGACUGUCAGGCGCACUAUGAAACCUGUCAGCGGGCUGGCGUCAGGUCCUACCCCACCGUCCGCUUUUACCCCUACCUGGGCACUACACGGCUACACCAAGGAGGCGAGUACAUCAACAGUCAAAGCUCCAGCGUCAUCACUGAUAUCAUCCAGCAGAGACUCCAGCAGCUCAAACAGAACAAAAACCAAUUCAAGGAUGAGUUAUAAUUUUUUUUUUAAUAUGUAAAUAUCCACUGAAUCGCUGGCCUGUGGGAGAAUGGACUGAACUUUACACACUCCCAGGAUGCUUAAAAAAAAGACUUGUUGAACUUUACAGCACAGGAGAAGGCAUGUAAAAGUAUUUUUACUUUGGCGUAUGCGGCGGGACGUCAUAACGAGACUUUUACAGAUUUUCAAAGCACCACCAAGUAUAACAGUUACUGAGACAAGGCAGUGUUUCUGACCCUCGAUUGUAUUGAGAAAAACUGAUUGUAUAGAGUGUGUGUCAAAUACGUGGUGUUUUUCUCGGUGUCAUGGCAGUAGUGUUUAAUCCACAGAGUUUUCUUCUGUGUUGAUUAUUAUUUUAAUCUCAGUUUUGUGUUGAUACGAGUGUAAGAGCAUGAUAACUUAAAAAGGUUUUUAUUUAAUGCUGCUUUCAGGGACGAUGUCUGGACAAGGGGAGAUUUAGCUUAAUUUGUGUUUCUGCUGAGACACUGCCAUCAUUCAUGCAGUUUGAGUUUCGAAAAAGAUUUCAUGUUGUAUUAUUGCCUUACUUUGAAUUGAAGAUUAUCAACAAAUAUCGAAUGUUCUCUUUUUGGUCAAAGAAUUGCUUGACUGCAGAGCACCGUCUGUGUCCUGUAGUGUUCUGAUUGGUUGUUCUGAAAAUUAAUAUCGUAUUCACUUUUAUUCUCUUGUCCUGUACUGCUGUUUUCCUACAGAUACGUGGUGUAGAAUAAAGUUUUUUUUUUUCUACA